AUGGAAGGUUUUAUUGUAGCAUCCAGUUUUGAUUUUAGGGUUUGUUUCACUUCUUUCACUAUCAGGAGUUAUCGUCGACAACAAAAUAGAUGUUGGAGGGGAAAGAAGCAUCAGGUGGAGGUCGAGAUACCGAUUAUUCGGUUUGUAAUGGCAUCCAAGGAGUUAACCAACAGAUGGAAACAUGAUGUAGACGAGACACAAUCGUGCCAUCGUGGCAACUUAUGAAGUCAACAUGAAUAUCCCAAUUCCAAAAUGAUCACUAGGAUAGAAGCAGCUUACAAAUUUGGCAACAACUCUGUCACCCUUACCAAGAUGUAUUUAGUCUAUCGUUACUUUAGUUGUAACAUCCGGAUUUCCAGAGAAGAGAAGGAUUUCAAGCAAGGAGCAAGAGGAGGUUGCUAGAUCUGUUGUUAUUCAUCUAAGAGCUCCUGUUAAAGGUACUUCUCAGGAUCAUGGGAAGACACCGGCUUGAUUGUACACACACACCGGAGAUUGUUUUAUGAUUGAAAGGAUCCUGGAAUUUUAUAUACAUUUUUCUUUUGGACAUGAGUUUUGAUGAAUUGAAAUUGUGGCACUUUGUGGUUUUAUUAUUGGAAUGAAUGU